AUGCAGCAAGGAACAGCGACGCGUCUCGAGCUUUUGGCAAAGGAGGCGCAGGCCCACAUCUGCGCCUUGAGCCAGGCCAUCGUCGUCCGUGACCAGGUCAUUGGCUCCAUCCAGGACCGUCUCGCCGUUGUUGAAGGACGCGUCAACGCCACCGAGGACCAUCUCCAGGCUGUCGACGCCACCAUCGAAGAGACGCGCAGCGACAUGCAGGUGAUCGAAGUUAGCAUCGAAGCGGUGGGAACCACCGCCAACGCGGCAUACCUUGCCAACGGUGAUAUGGCUGAGCAGAUGCUCGCCAUGUCCGAGGCCAUGGCCGGCAUGGGCGCCCGUCUCCGCGACGCGGGCAACAACUCGCCCCCCUUCAACCCGCUCGCGCUCGGCUCCCUCACUGCGACCAAGGUCUGCACCGAGUGGGAGCAGAAGAAGGGUGGAUGCCCGGCUCCGCCCGGCCGCUGCCGCUACGCCCACCCCUAG